AUGUCUUCCAUUACUCUCAAGGCUGCUGCGGCCGUGGCCGUCGCCCUAUCACAGCCGGUCGUCGCCGCUGUGUUUCCCGCCAAUACCUUCAACCGUUCCGAGAUCGAAGCCAUUCCUUUGGAGAAACGUGGUUCAAUGGACGCUACGAUACUAUGGGACAAGGGAGAAAUCCCCUACAUAUUGGAAACACUUCCUCAUGACUUGUCGAAUUCUAUCCGCGAUGCCAUGAGAGUGUGGGAACAGCGCACCUGCAUCCGCUUCGUCCCGAAACAAAAUCAAGGAGCCUGGGUGUAUUUUAACAAACGAGAUACCGGCUGCUUCGCACAUAACCUGGGCGCUCCCAGCUCAGGGGAAACCAUAGUUAACCUUGAUUAUCCCAGCGUGGGGGAAAGAAUCGGAAGUUUUGGCCAGGACAAAGGCUGCAUGGAAGCUGGCAUACCUACGCACGAGCUGGGCCACGUAAUUGGGCUCACCCACGAGCAACAGCGACCCGAUCGUGAUCAGUUUAUCCGUGUGUAUAUGGAAGCUAUCUGGAGCGACUGGCAAGAUCAAUAUGCCAUCCAUGAUUCCGCUGAUAUAUCGGUGCCCUUCGACUAUAACUCAAUCAUGCUUUACCACAAAGGAGAGAACACCAGGAAGGGCUACGGGUAUUCCAUGGAAUCGAUCACAGACAAGGACAUCGAUCCAUGGACCUCGCCGACGGACAACGAUUACCUGGGUGUUAACAAAGCCUACGGUUGUGAAGAGUAUUACACGCGCGCAGUCCCCGAGUGUCGUCCCGUUGCCAUUAAUGCGGACGAGAACAAAUCGUCUUACAGCUUCAUCAUCGACAAGUACACGGAGCAGUACAUGCGCGAUCACGGAUACACACACGUUGCAGCUCAUCAAAACUGUCGCGCCAACACCAAUCUCCAAAGCACAGACAAUUGGGGGUUUACUCCCUUAAACGGCUGGGGCCCCAAGGCUCAGUAUCAAGUCACUGUCGACCGUUGCAAAAAGGGAUUCGACCGUCACGGCAGCCGCUAUGAGGUCGCGCUGUGCAAGGGCGACAAUGAGGGUGCCUGCGACAUUAAAUGUGGUCUGCGCCGCAUCUGUCCCGUGGACGCCAACGGGAACCAGGUUGACAGCAAGGCCGUCAAUGUCACUGACGAUGCUCUGUGGGUUUGCCAUCCCCAUUAG